AUGCCGCAAAACUACAAGACCAUGGUGCCGCAGCCGCGGCCCUACAAGAAGGGACCGUUCACUGUCGAGGCCCCCGGCUACGAGGCAGUCGAGGGCGAGACCAUCCCGCGUCGCAAUUACCGCACCAAGGAUGCCCUGAAGAUGCGCCCCCAUGACGACAUCGCCACCAUUUUCGACAUCCUCAAGUAUGCGUCGGCCAAGUUCGGCAACGCGAAGGCGCUCGGUCACCGCAAGCUCGUCCAGGAACACACCGAGACCAAAAAGAUCAAGAAGAUGGUCGAUGGCAAGGAGGAGCAGGUCGACAAGAAGUGGACUUACUUCGAGCUGAGCCCCUACGAGUACAUGAGCUUCGUCGAGUUUGAGAAGCUCGCGAUAGACCUUGGCGCCGGAUUCCGCGCAAUCGGACUCACCUCUCCCGACCGUGUGCACAUCUUUGCUUCCACCAGCCCUCAAUGGCUCGCAAUAGCACAUGGUGCCGGUUCGCAAUCGAUGCCCAUCGUCACCGCCUACGACACGCUCGGGGAGGAGGGUCUCAGGCAUUCCCUCGAGCAAACCAACGCGAAGGCCAUCUUCCUCGACCCCCAGCUCCUCACCAAGCUCAUCAAGCCGCUGCAGACUGCUAAGGACAUUCAGCAUGUCAUUUACAAUGACGUGGACAAGGAGGUCAAGCAGUCGGACAUUGAGAAGCUAAAGGGCGAGCACCCUCACCUCACAAUUAGAGCCUUUAGCGAGCUCAGGAAACUGGGAGCGGAUUCGCCAAUUGACCCUACGCCACCGAGCCCUGAGGACCUGUGCUGCAUCAUGUAUACCAGUGGCUCUACCGGCACACCGAAGGGAGUUCUGCUGAAGCACAGGAACGUGGUUGCAGCAAUUACCGGUGUUGACGUUAUCGUUGGUCCCUACAUUGGCCCUGGCGACGGCCUGCUUACCUACCUCCCUCUCGCGCACAUUCUGGAGUUCGUCUUUGAGAACGCGGUCCUCUUCUGGGGUGGCACCAUGGGUUACGGUAACCCCCGCACUCUCUCGGAUGUGUCUGUGCGCAACUGCAAGGGUGAUAUUCGCGAAUUCAAGCCUACCAUUCUCGUCGGUGUGCCCGCUGUUUGGGAGUCCGUGAAGAAGGGUAUCAUGGGCAAGGUUAACAAUGGCAACUUCGUUGUGAAGAACCUGUUCUGGGGAGCAUUGGCUGCCAAGAACUUCUUGAUGAGCACUGGUCUUCCCGGCGCGGGUCUCCUGGACGCACUGGUCUUCAACAAGAUCAAGGAUGCUACUGGUGGCAGGCUGAGGAUUACCAUGAACGGUGGCGGUCCGAUCGCGAGGGACACGCAACACUUCAUUUCCAUGGCCAUCACGCCCAUGAUCAGCGGAUACGGCUUGACUGAAACUGCUGCUAUGGGAGCGCUCAUGGAUCCUCUGGCGUAUACUGAUUCGGCGCUGGGCGAAAUCCCCGGCUGCAUUGAAGUCAAGUUGGUGGAUUUCGCGGAUGCCGGUUACUUCGCCAAGAACGUCCCGCCGCAGGGUGAGAUCUGGAUCCGUGGUGGUGGUGUCACGGAGGGCUACCUCGACCUGGAGUCGGAGACGAAGGAGAACUUCACUGAGGAUGGCUGGUUCAAGACUGGUGACAUUGGCGAGUUUGACGCAAAGGGUCAGCUCCGCAUCAUUGACCGCAAGAAGAACCUCGUCAAGACUCUGGCAGGAGAGUACAUUGCACUUGAGAAGCUCGAGUCCAUCUACCGCUCCGUUCCCGUUGUCGCCAACAUCUGUAUCUACGCCGCCCAGGACAAGCACAAGCCCAUUGCCAUCAUCGUUCCCGCCGAGCCCGCUCUCAAGAAGCUUGCGGGGGAUCUCGGUCUGAAGGGCGAGCACCUGGAGGAGCUUGUCCACGACCCCAAAAUCAACAGCAAUGUGCUCAAGCAGCUACAGGAUGCUGGUCGCAAGGGCGGUCUCGCUUCGUUUGAGAUUCUCGACGGUGUAGUCCUCGCGGAUGAGGAGUGGAACCCGCAAAAUGGUCUCACUACCGCCGCCCAGAAGCUGAACCGCAAGGGCAUUUUGGAUAAGUAUAAGAAGGAGGUCGACAAGGCUUACUCCAGCAGUGGCUAG